CCUACGUGCUGCUCGCCAGCGCCCUGGCCGAUCGAUCGAGUGGGGGAAGAAGAAGAGAAAGUAUUUAGCUUCCAUCGCUCUAGGGUUUUAGGGCGUCGCGGUCGAGGAGGAUGAGCGUGAAGAAGAGCGGCAGAUCCAAGGCGAGAGCUCGCGUCGCGUGGGACGAGGACAAUCUCGACUACCUGGAAGCAAACAAGAGCCCCAAGAAGAAGAUCACGGAGCCAAAGACGCCGUAUCACGCCCCGGAGGCUAGCGACGGGAUGAUCUCACCGCUGACUGACGAUUUGGACGGGAUGAGAGUUUGCGACGAAUCCUCGUCCGUGGAUCCGGAGGCCGUCACGAGCGCGCUACUCGCGUCGUCCUCGAGCAACGGCACCGGCGGGAGGAGAUGGCGGAGGAGCAGUGGGUGGACAUCGUCCGAGGAUGAAACCGAGGAUCGCCGGGAAGAACACCAGCGAUUCGCGGAGCUCCGGCGAGCGCACUACGAUGAGUUUCGGAGGCUACAGUUGCUGCGCUUGCAAGGAUCGAGCUGGCAAGAGGAGGAGGAGGAGCAAGCUGCUGCGAAUGGAUCCGCCGGAGGAGAUGGAAGACACAACCACCAACAACAAGGAUCAUCCUUGCAAAUCCAAGCGAACACGAAAAACUCUGGCAACACUCCCGAGAAUCAAUGAAGAAACUCGUGAGUUCUUCCAAUUGAUAUAGAUGCGUGACUUGUGAAACUAAAAUAAGAAGGGUCCCCACCUUUGCGUUAUCUUGAGUGCCACGUCAUGCGGAAUCUAACAGAAUAUAACUAUUCAAAUA